AUCCACAUAGAAGUCACCAGCAUAAAGGCGGCAGAGGGAGGGGUGCACUUGGUCGUACAACACUACGCAAAUUUCAAGGAUUGAGCUUUUGAAUUAUAUUUGUGAUCCGUAUUUUUGUUGGACCGGCUUCUUUAUAUUCAACCAGAGCAUGUGGCUCUCCACCAUUCUAUCUACAUCAAUCCAAAGCUUAAUUAAGCAAAGCCAUGAAUAUUUACACCUCACUGUUCCUGAUUCUUGCAGCCUUAUCACUAUCUGAGUGGUCACUCGCCUUCAAGAGCCAUGAACUCUCAAUCAGAGAAGCCACAGUGCAGGACCUCCAAAAAGCCUUCAAGCAAAACCAGCUCACAUCAAGGCAACUAGUUGAGUUCUACAUUAAAGAAAUCAAUAAACUUAACCCGGUUCUGAAAGGGAUCAUAGAGGUGAACCCCGAUGCUUUAUGCCAAGCAGAGCAAGCUGACCAGGAGAGAGAGGUCAAGUCACCUAGCUCACUGUCUGGGUUACAUGGUAUUCCUAUCCUCCUUAAGGAUAAUAUUGCAACCAAGGAUAAGCUUAACACGACUUCCGGAUCGUUGGCGUUGUUAGGAUCAGUGGUACCCCGGGAUGCCGGUGUGGUGAUGAAGUUGAGGAAUGCAGGAGCCAUUAUAUUGGGGAAGGCUAGCUUGAGUGAGUGGGCUAAUUUUCGGUCAUUCACUGCACCUAAUGGAUGGAGUGCUAGAGGAGGACAAGGAAAGAAUCCAUAUGUUCUAUCGGCGGAUCCUUGUGGCUCAAGUAGUGGAUCAGCAAUAGCAGUGGCAGCAAACUUGGUGACAGUGUCACUGGGGACUGAAACGGAUGGUUCCAUCAUAUGCCCAGCUAGUUUUAAUGCGGUCGUGGGCAUUAAACCAACUGUUGGUCUCACUAGCCGAGCAGGGGUCAUCCCAAUUUCUCCAAGACAGGACACCAUAGGACCCAUAUGCAGGACUGUAUCAGAUGCUGUUUAUGUUCUUGAUGCCAUUGUAGGCUUCGACUUCAAUGACGCUGAAGCAACUGGAGAAGCAUCAAAGUACAUCCCUCAUGGUGGCUAUACCCAAUUUCUAAAGAUUGAUGGUCUCAAGGGGAAGAGACUGGGUAUUGUGAGGAAUCCCUUUUUAACAUUUGCCAAUGAAUCAGUCCUACCUCAAACAUUUGAGUACCACUUCCAAACAUUAAGGCAAAGAGGAGCAGUUUUAGUAGACAAUUUGGAAAUAGCCAACAUUGAUGUCAUCAUGAACUUCAAUCUGAGUGGUCAAGAAACGGCAUUGCUGGCUGAAUUUAAGUUGUCCUUAAAUGCAUACCUGAAAGAGCUCGUGGAUUCCCCUGUUCGAUCUUUGGCAGAUAUAAUAGCUUUCAACCAAAAAUUCGCUGAUUUGGAGAUGAUUAAGGAAUUUGGACAAGACAUUUUUCUGGCAGCUGAAGCCACGGAUGGGAUCGGUGAUGCAGAAAAGAAAGCUUUGCUCAAAUUGGCAAGACUAACACAAGCUGGGUUCGUGAAGUUGAUGGUGGAGAAUAAGCUGGAUGCAUUGGUGACUGCUGGCUCUGAUGUUGCUCCUGUGCUUGCAAUCGGGGGGUUUCCGGGAAUUAGUGUCCCUGCUGCAUACGAUAUCAAUAGCAAGGGGGUUCCUGUUGGUCUCUGUUUUGGUGGAUUGAAGGGUUCUGAGCCUAAGCUGAUUGAAAUCGCGUACAGUUUUGAGCAAGCAACUAAGUCUAGGAAGCCGCCUAAAUUUCAACCUUGAACCGACACUGUAUUUUUCUAACAAAUAUUUUAUGCUACACAAUCUUAAUUGGUCUAGGCAAGUUCUAAUGAUUGUAAGUUUGUAACACAACGGUUUAUUUGUGUGGAAAAAAGGUCAAAAAUCGGGAACACAUACAAAUUGGCAUGAGCCAUUUGCAUAACUAUGAUUAUGGACCAGAGUGAUAGCUAUGAUUAUGGAGCACGGUGAUAGAGUUGUAAUCAG